UGUCUAGACACCGCCCUCUCGCCUAAUGUCGUUCUCACUUCCUUUUUGCCAGAAACCGCGGUCGGCGGGUUGAAGAACAAGAGGCCGGCGGCGGCGGCUGGCGCCCAGGCCGGGAAGAGAGGGAGCGGCGGCGGCGGCAGCGUCUCCGCGCUCAUCCUCCGGGUGGUGGCCGCGUCGAAGCAGCGGGGCGGCCUGUGCAUGGCGGAGCUGAGGAAGGUCCUGGCGUCCGGCGGCUACGACGUGGAGAGGAACGACACGCGGGUCGCCGCGGCGGUCAGGGGCCUGGUGCGGCGGGAGACGCUGGUGCAGACCGGGGGCAGAGGCGCGACGGGCUCCUUCGCGCUCAACCCGGCCAGGGAGAGGAGGGCGAAGCCGGCAGCGGCGGCGGCGACGACGGAGCGGGCACGGAAAGCCGCGAAGCGGGGGGCGGAGGGACACAGACAGGCCGCCGCAAAGACUAAGCCGGCGGGGCGUCAUGGCAGGACCAACAAGCCGGCCGGAGCCGCGGGCAAGGUGCCCACCGGGCAGAAACCCACGAAGGUCGCAGACAGGCGAGGCGCUGAUAAGGGCAAGAGCCCAGCUGUGAAAGGCAGGGCGGCGAAGAAGGCGCCCAGAAAACCGGCUCCGAAAAAGAGGCGUUAAAACGGAAAGGUUUUUGAUUUUAUAUGAGUGAAUCAACAAAUAAACGGGCUAAGCAGCUUUAAAUGAUAA